AUGAGGGUCCCGAGCCUCGUCUCUUCGUUACUGCUCCCGGUGCUGGCUGCGGCCACGCCCCUCCAAGACCGUCAAGCACAGGAAUAUGAGUACAUUGUGGUCGGCAGCGGUGCCGGCGGCGGUCCGCUUGCCUGCAGACUGGCCAUUGCCGGGCACAGGACUCUCCUGAUCGAGGCUGGAAACGACCAGGGCGGCAAUGUCAACAUCACCGUGCCUGGUUACCAAGCUGUCGUAACACAGGACCCAAAAUUAAGCUGGGAUAUCUUUGUCAACCAUUACCAGGACCAAGAGCGCGCCAAACGGGACCCCAAGUACACGUAUGAGACUGGUCCCUACCAGUAUCACGUUGGGCCCAACCCACCAUCAGGAGCCACGCCACUAGGCAUACUCUACCCCCGAGCCGCAACGCUCGGGGGCAGCGUAACACACAAUGCCCUGAUCUGGAUAACGCCGCAUGCGAGCGACUGGAAUGGCAUCGCUCAACUCACCGGGGAUACCUCAUGGUCCGCAGCGAACAUGAACCAGUACCUCGACCGUGUUUAUUCCUGGCAACAUGUGGAGCCAACAGACCCAAGCAUCCUGUUGCAAGACCUGAAGCUCACCCGACAGCUGGCCAGCGGCGCUGCUGUGAUGGGCGUGGGACCAGACCCGUUGGCUGCUGUUACCGGGCUCACAAAGACCCUGUUGGUCGAUCCCAACAGUCGAACGAACCCCAACCGCGAUAGUGCUCAGGGCUUCUUUCAGAUCCCUCUCAUCAUGAACGACGGCACCCGGAUCUCUAUCCGCGACUAUAUCACAGACACAGUUUCCAAGGGCUAUCCCCUUACUGUGCGCCAAAACAGCCACGUUACCAAAGUCGUCUUCGAUCAGAGCGGUGCAACGCCUCGAGCAACGGGCGUUGAGUUCUUGGACGGCAAAUAUCUUUACCGAGCCAGUCCACUGAGUGGUGCGUCGGGAACUCCUGGGUCAGCCACAGCGACAAAAGAGGUUGUCCUCUCGGGCGGCGCAUUCAACACCCCUCAGAUCCUCAAGCUCAGCGGAGUCGGCCCCAAGGCUGAACUGGAGGGACUCGGCAUCCCAGUGAUCAAAGACCUGCCUGGGGUUGGCACCAACAUGCAGGACCGCUAUGAAAUCAACAUCAAUGUGAAGCACCCCACAGACUUCAAGCUCUUGGAUGGCUGCACCUUCGACGGCAAGGCCCAAGACCAAUGUCUGACCCGCUGGCAAAACAACCCUUACAUCCUCGGGGCUCGUGGAGCCUAUGCUACCAACGGACUUGCCGCCACCAUGGCCGUCAACUCCAAGGCUGCAGCCAACUCCGAUAUCGACUUGUACAUCUUUGGUGGCCCUGUUGACUUUACUGGGUAUUUCCCUCGAUGGGGCGACGCCGCGGUGAGGGACCACAAGCAUUUCUCGUGGUACACCCUCAAGGCCCACACGCGCAACCGCGCUGGCACAGUCCAGCUUCGGUCAACAGACCCGCUCGACACCCCCAUCAUCAACUUCAACUACUUCGACACGGGCACGACAGAAGGCGGCGCGGACGACCUCGACCUGGCUGCUAUGGUGCAAGCGCUCAACAUGUCUCGGGAGGCACUGAAGCGGUACAACUCCUACGCGAUCCUCGGAGGCGACAGCUUUGUGGAGGAGAGACCCGGUCCCAACGUUGUCUCGGACGCCGACCUGAGGACGUACAUCAAGGACCACGCCUGGGGACACCAUGCCUCGUGUACGUGCCCGAUCGGGGCUGACAAUGACCCGCUGGCAGUCUUGGACAGCAAGUUUCGCGUCAGGGGUGUGCAGGGCCUGAGGGUCGUCGAUGCGAGCGUUUUCCCGCGGAUCCCAGGCGUCUUCAUCCAGGCCCCGAUCUUUAUGAUCAGCGAGAAGGCGGCAGAUGCCAUUCUCAAAGGGUGA